AUGGAUUCUGUAUCUUUCUUUCCCAAUAUUAUUGCUGCGAUUUCAGCCAUCCUCUUGCUUUCCAACACAGCAUGUGAAGCUCAACUUUCUACUACAUUUUAUAGCAAUACAUGUCCAAAUGCACUCACUACAAUCCGCGCAUCCAUCCGGCAAGCAGUAUCCCGAGAGCGCCGGAUGGCUGCGUCUCUCAUUCGCCUCCAUUUUCAUGAUUGCUUUGUUCAGGGCUGUGAUGCGUCAAUCUUACUUGACGAAACCCCUUCUAUACAAACUGAGAAGACUGCAAUUCCAAACGAUAAUUCUGCUAGAGGUUAUGAAGUGAUCGAGGCUGCCAAGAGGGAGGUUGAGAAAAUAUGUCCAGGAGUUGUUUCCUGCGCAGAUAUACUCACCGUAGCAGCCCGGGAUGCCUCAGCAGCUGUUGGUGGCCCGUCAUGGAAUGUGAAACUUGGGAGAAGGGAUUCCACAACUGCAAGUCGAUCGUUGGCCAACGCUGAUCUUCCAGGGCCGGAUUCCGAUCUCGGAGGACUCAUUGCUUCCUUCGACAGAAAGGGACUCAGUGCUAGAGACAUGGUUGCCUUAUCAGGUAACUAA